ACAGGGAGGUCGCGUCUCUCGCCGCUCCGUUACAUAUACGCGUGUUUACACUCGCUGUCAUUCAACCUUAAAUCCAAUUACAAAAAGUACGAUGUAAAGCCAGUGCCCAUUUUAAUAAGAUAAUCUAGUGAUUAGUAAUUAACAUGCGGUAGGUUUCCCAGUGUAAAGUUACGGGUUUUGGGGAAAAUGCAACGCGUAAAGGAUGUGAGUUCGGAAAAAUGUUGAAAGCGUCCGGGGCGCGAUGCACGCAUUUCGGAUUGCUGUGGUGGAUGUUGUUCCUGUGUCGAGUGGAUGGACUUAUAGAAAUCGUGGAAGAGCAAAGAUGCCACGACUACGAGUUCCGUCUGACCUGCCGCGAGUUAGACAGUCACAUAGCAGUUCUAGAAGCAUGGUACACUUCCAUGGAAGAUUACCAUCGCAUUUCGAACAAUACUCGCCCAGAAGCUCUCAAGAUUCGAACUGAAAACGAUUCGGAACUCAAUCGAGUAUACAUCUAUUCUAGUCCAAAACACAACGGCGUUUACGAGCCGACGAACCAUUCCAUAUUCGAAAAUGUUAGUAACGUAAAUAGUUCGGAAGAUGUGAGAUUUCUGAACGAUACUUUGGGGUUUUUGAACGAUACUGUAGAGUUUGAUAAAAUGGUGGAGUUUUUGAACGAAAGUGCAGGGUGUGGGGCUCCGACGUUCGCGAGGAGUUAUGCCAGUUGGCAUGAAGGUGAUAAGAGGAAGCGGGCGAUAGAGCGGAGUUCGUCUAUAAAUCUACGGGCACCUGUCAGUUACCGGUGUACAGGAGUGAAUCACUGUAGUUUCAUUCUGUCGAAAGAUUACCCCCCCUCCGUUAGUUGGUCCACCGGCCUCGUGUACAUCAAAUACGCUUGUUUUGAUGAUUCAAUAUCCCUCCACUACUGCAACCGUGAGGUCCGGAUAGCGGACUCCGGUCCGGACAGCGAGGGCUACAUCCGGACACCCGGGUACCCGCACUUCUACAUCGGAGAGGACGAGUGCAGUUGGCAACUGCAAGUUCAUCCGGAACAAACGAUCCGGGUAACUUUGCUGGAUGUCAGUUUGAGAAGUAUAGGUCCCUUCGAGAACCACUGCACGGACUACGUCAAAGUCUUGGACUCCAAUGGGGAUUCUCUCCUGUCGUCCUGUGAUCAGGUGGAACUGCCUCUGCGUCUGUCAUCGUCGACGUCAACUGUAGAUAUUGCUGUGGAGGCCAAAUCUGGAGGCGCCUUCCCUAAGAGAGGUGUCUUGCUGCAUUAUAAAAGUAUAGGCUGUGUAACACUGCCAGCGCCAUCUGACGGAUAUCUAGUGUACCGCAACGAGGACGUAGCUCACUACAUGUGUCAUGUCAACUUCGUUUUCGCCGAUACUCAACAGAGGGCUCGCGUAAUAUGGUGCUAUGAUGACAAUAGAUGGAACGACACAGUGCCUUUGUGUGUUGAAGAGACGGCCAUACCAGCCGUCGGGAACGAUUCUCAACCGAGUGACAAGAAAGAUACAAAACUGCCGCACAACGAGGCAAACAUGAUAGUUGACAUCGUCAUCCCGUCGCUGCUGAUAGCGGCCCUGUUCAUAGGGAACGCAUUCAUCGUGCUUAUCAUAUACAAGUACAGGAAACGGAAAACCGAUGACCUCGACGACGAGUUCAACACCAUUCCACUGAGCGUGAACGGAAACGUGCACAGUGCGGGGAACGCAGUGUAGUCUUACGUUUAUAUGGCGCCGAUCCGAGGGGCUCUGCACACUGUUUGAGGCACACAUAGACUCGUAAAAACGCAAGAUAGUGUAUCUACGUAGUUUUGGUUUGAUAGCACUCACCUGUGCUUAGAGAGGUUCACAAAGACAAUGAGAGAUAAGAUGGAAAAAUUCUGAUUCGGUCGGCAGAAUGACGUCAUAGACCGAAAAAUUCGCAGUGCCACACACAGGACACUCCAUACAAUAAUCUCGUUUUUACACAGACACUACACAGAUGCAGCGUGUGCUGCCUUACCACGUGGUGUUGAUUUGUGGGUUGGAGUCAAAUAGCGCAGAUCGGUGCGGGGCGAAGAGUGUCCCUUGUACACGAACCUAUUCUAUGGUAAUGGUUACUUUUAAGGUGUGUCCAAACAUCGAGCGGCAAACGAGCGCGGCUGCCGCGCGCAGCCCGCCGCGCUCUGUUUAGACGACAGCCGCGCGCGAACGCUUCUGGCUAGCUGCCGCGCGCGAGCAUUCUUAGUCAACAUUCGGCAGUAAUUGUGUUUGGACGUAUUUCUGCGCACAAACAUGGAAAACGAAACACGCGACCGCUUUCAUUUUAGUUCUGAUGCCAACAGAAGCGCGCGGCAUAUCUUGGUUGUGCCGCGCAGUACUGCCGCGCAAACAUUAGUUGGCUUUGUCCAAACUAGAGCGCGGCAGAAAUGUGUCCUACAAAUGCCGCGUGUUGCUGCCGCGCUCUUGUUGCUCAAUGUUUGGACACACCUUUAACUCGUCCAGGCUUGACAAGAGCUGUCCGAAUCCCUUCCGAGACAGAUUUUUUCGAUCUUCUCUCUCUAUGAUAGAUAUAUAGGUGCACAUACAUGUUAUCUGCAAUUACUUUCCAUUCUCUAGGCUAAAUCGUUACCAUGUUUAAUGUUCAAACGUUAAAUCAAAUAAGUGUUAGUACAGUUAGUGUUAAUAGUCGAGUCAGUGUGCUGACCCCUCGUGUCCUCAUGAACUUUUAGGCAGCGCCCACUGUGCGUGCGACUAAUAAUAGUCGCUAGUCGGUCGUCUGGUGUGACGUCAGCCUUAGAAAUUAAGUUACCCUAUUUAUUUGUUAAUUAGAUUACCUCAUGACAUAGUCCAAUGAACUCUCCCUUGUAGGUGACCCUUAGGUGUUAAGUAAGGACUGAUAUUAAUAUUAAAUACUCGAUAAAAAUUGUCGCCUAGAUAUUUUGAUUUGUCGCACAUCUGUCACUGCCUUUCUUUUCACUUGUACUUUGUCGUGUACGUCAAUUAAGUACAUAUUGUUGGCUUAAUAGUUGUAACUGGGCGUUUAAGAGAGGGAAUACACGUUAGGUUUUUUCGUCAGUUAUCCGUAUUCGAGAACAUGAUUCGACUAUCGAAAGCUGAUGAAUAAAUCUGUCGUGUUUUCUCGCACUUAGAAAUAAUAAAUUGGUUUCGUCUGAGAAAUUGUUAAUGUUUUGUAUGUAUUUGGCGAAGUCUGUAUAGAAUUCUGUAAUGAAUAAAAGCACUUUAUCUUUAAAA